AUGUCUUACUACAAUAACCAACCUCCAUACGGCGGAUACCCCCAAGGACCUCCUCCCCAGGGUCCCCCCUCCGGUCCUCCCCAGGGCUAUCACCAGUCAGCUUACCCACCACAGCAAUACGGUGCUCCGCCACAGGGUCACUAUCCUCCUCCCCAACAAGGCCAUUACCCCCCUCAGCAGCAAGGACACUACCCACCGCCCCAGCAGGGUCACUACGGAGCUCCUCCACAAGGAAGCCCAUACGGCGCACCCUCUCCUCAACCCCCAGCCGGAUACCACAACCCAUCUCCGCAACCACCAUACGGCCAGGCGCCCCAUGGUCAGGCACCCCACGGCUAUGGCCCUCCCCAGAACCAGCCACCCCCCGGCGGCCCCGGGUUCGCGCAUGGCCAACCCCCAGUCGGAUACGGCGCACCACCACCCGGCGGUGGCUUCCCACCCCAAGGCAUGCCCUCGGCACCAUCGCUAGGCUACACGCCAGGCCAAGUCGCGCCAGGCGAUUUCCGACCCCAGGCCGACCAACUCCGCAAAGCAAUGAAGGGCUUCGGAACCGACGAAAAGGCCCUGGUUGCCGUCCUUUCUCGUCUCGAUCCCCUCCAGAUGGCCGCUGUUCGCGAUACAUACUCCAAGCACCUCGGCCGCGAUCUAUACAAGGACGUCAAGUCCGAGACGGGCGGCUACUUCGGCGAUGGACUCCGAGCCGUCGUCGACGGUCCGCUCUUGCACGAUGUCGAAUGUAUACAUCUCGCCAUUGACGGCGCAGGCACGAAAGAAUGGCUCCUUAAUGAUGUCCUGCUUGGCCGCUCAAACGCAGAUAUGCAUGCUCUCCGCACGGCCUACGAAAUGCGUUAUAAGCGCUCUCUCUCGAAGGAUGUCGAGAACGACCUCUCCUUCAAGACGAGCGAUCUCUUCGCGACUGUCAUUCGCGCUAGCCGCCAUGAGGAAGCAAUGCCUAUCAACCCGCAGGUCAUCGAGGCCGAUGUCCGUUCCCUGCAGGGUAAGAAGAAUAUCACGGAGACGUGUGCUAUCCUUGCUCGCGCGUCCAAUGCCGAGUUAAGAGCUAUCAAUCAGACCUUCCAGUCGCGGUAUAAUACUUCGCUGGAGAAGCAUCUUGAGAAGACAUAUUCCGGCCAUAUGGAAGAUGCGCUGCUUGCUAUGUUGCGCUCUGCUACGGAUCCUGCGAUGCGGGAUGCUGUCCUGUUGGAAGAUUGUAUGCGUGGCAUGGGCACCAAGGAUGAGCGUCUUGUCAUUCGUGUCGUGCGUGUUCAUUGGGAUCGGAAUCACAAGGAGAUGGUGAAGCGCGCUUAUCAGCAUCGCUUUGGGAAGAAUCUUGUUGAUCGGGUUCGUGGUGAGACCUCUGGGGAUUAUGGGCGCUUGAUGGUUGCCCUUCUUGAGUAG